AUGAAGUAUUCCGCAUCAGCAUCACUCGCUCUCGCCGUUGGCGUUUCAGCUGCUUCUAUCAAACGGGACACUUGCUCAUAUACCCUCACUUCAUCAGGAGGUCAAUCCAGUAUCGUUGGUCAAUUGGACGAUGGACAACUCCGUGUCCUUGGCAAUCACCCCACUGCAACCUUCACAAUCAACAACAGUGAAACCACUGAUUCCAAAGGCCGACCAUGUUAUUUAACAUCAGAGGCUGACCAAUACCAAUGCGAUACUGGUAUGAGCGCCACAGGUGGUUUUGCUAUCGGCGCAGAUGGCACAUACUCUCACUCUGGAUCAUCGGUCUUUUAUGCAUGCCCAUCUUCUGACAACGAUUACAACAUCUAUACUGCUCCUGUUGCUGGUCAGGAUAAGUGUGUACAGAUUGGAUUGACUGCUAGUGGAUGUUUCGCUCCAUCUUCGUCCUCUUCAUCAGCAAAAUUGGGCACAUCCGCAUCCCAACAAGCUUCGUCCUCUACCUUAGUUUCAUCAACAAAGGCCUCAUUGUCUGCUUCAGUCUCAGAAUCUUCAAAGGCUUCGGUCAUUACUGCUACCACGACUCAGCAACAGACAUGUGCUGCCUCAACCGUUACUGUAGCUCAAACCGUUGUUGUCACCCAAACCCCAUCUGCUAAGACUAUUUAUGUCACUUCGACUGCGCCCGGUCAAACUAUUGAAGAGACUCAAACUCAACAGCAGACUGCACCAGCUCAAACUGUUGUGGUUACUCAAACUCAACAACAAACAUGUGCUGCGCCUUCAACAGUUACUCUCACCCAAGUUCAAUCUGCCGCUCCUUCUACAGUUACCGUUACUCAAGUGCAGAGCAUGACUGCUGUUUCCACGAAACAGGUCACCGCCACCGAGUCUAUCAAAGCUUCUAGCGCCCCAGCCACUUCCCAGGCUCAAGCCACUACAAGCGCCGUUUCCACACCAAAGGCUUCGUCUGCUAGUUCAAUAGUCUCCUCCAUUAUCUCUCAAGCAAGCUCAGUUGUCUCUUCGGCCACAUCCAAGGCCUCGUCCACAGCUUCAGCUUCCAACUCUUGCCCUACUAACCUUGACGGCACCUACUCUUCUCCCAACCUAAUCAUUCCCGUCUCAUCUGCAUCCCCAGAUAAGGCAUACGGUACCUCUUACGAUGGAGUCGUCAACAGCACUGUCUCUUCUCUCUUCAACUUUGACAUUCUAGCUUCAUACGCUUCCAAGACUUGCUCCCUCGUUUUCCUCUUCCCCACUCAAGAUAUGCUCGAGACUUCCUCAUAUACCUUCUCCGGUUCCGGAACCAUUGAUUUCAAGCAAUUGAGCACCACUGUUACCACCAGCUCUACCUAUAAUUCUAUCGGAAGCACUGCAACUGAUUUCGGUAGCAAGACCAUCACACCUGGUUCCUGGACUGUUGUUGACACUUUCGCUUGUCCAGCUGGACAGGCUAUCAGUUACGAGAUGAAUGCUGGUGGAAGCGACACUGAUUUGUGGUGGUUUGAGGAUUACAACCCAUCCCCGAUCGGUCUUUUCAUCACUACUUGCUAG